AUGUCAGGUUAUACCGAAAACCUUGUGGCUAAAAGAGUGGCUGAACACCGGAUUCCAGCCCGAGAUGACCAUCAGCUAGAGCUCCUAAUACAGCUUCGAGAGCGGCAUACAAUAAGGGCCUACCGUGAGGAAGCCAUCCGCGACGAGGCACUCAACCAUCCGCGUCGUAUGCCCAAUCGUCGCGCUCUAUGCGGAAAGCCACCGCAGUCCACCCCGUCACUUUAUAUGGACCUAUGA